AUGGUUAAAGUACUCUUGACUGGAGGCAGUGGCUUCAUUGCCGCCCACAUCGUCGAUAUUCUACUGCAACAUGGCUUUGAUACUGUCGUGACCGUUCGAUCGGACGAGAAGGGCAAGCAGAUUCUCAAGGCUCACCCUGAUGCAUCAAAGGAGAAGCUCUCUUAUGUGAUUGUUCAAGAUGUGGCCAAGGAUGGCGCGUUUGAUGAGGCCGUCAAGUCUAGCCCUCCAUUCGAUUAUGUUCUUCAUACCGCAUCUCCAUUCCACUUCAAUGUUCAAGACCCCGUAAAGGACUUCCUUGACCCUGCUAUUAAAGGAACUACGGGUAUUUUGAAAGCCAUCAAGGCCUAUGCACCUACCGUGAAGAGAGUGGUCAUCACAUCCUCUUUCGCUGCUAUCGUGAACCCCGAUCAACAUCCCAAAGUAUAUAGCGAGAAGGAAUGGAAUCCAGUGACCUGGGAAGAAGGAUUGGACCAUUCGAAGGUCUAUAGGGCUAGCAAGACCUUUGCAGAAAAAGCAGCAUGGGAGUUUGUCGAGCAGGAGAAGCCAAACUUCGACAUUGCAACUAUCAACCCACCACUGGUGUUUGGUCCGGUUGUUCACUACUUGAACUCCCUUGAGGCCAUCAACACCUCGAACCAGCGUAUGAGAAACCUCAUCCGGGGCGACAUGAAGGAGAAAUUAGCGCCAUCGGGCACCUUCCUCUGGGUUGAUGUACGUGAUGUCGCCCUCGCACAUGUCAGAGCCAUUGAAGUCCCUGAAGCUGGGGGUGAGAGAUUCUUUGUCACUGCUGGCAUCUUCACAAACAAGGACAUUGCGGAUGUUAUUCGCGACACCCACCCCGAGCUGGAGUCUAAGCUGCCCCCGAAGGACUCUCCCAGCGACCUCCCGAAAGAUAUUUACGGGUACGAUAACAGUAAAUCGCAAAAUGUUCUCGGAAUCAAGUAUGUUCCGCUGAAGAAGACAGUCGUGGACACUGUCGAUUCUCUUCUGGCUAUUGGUGCUUAG